AUGAUGAAGAAGUCAGAAGAACCAAGAGAAAGCAAGGAACGGUCCAAAAAUUCGACGAAGCUGAUGUCGUAUCCACUGAAGUCUUCGAUAAAAAAGAAGAGGAAAUCCAAGUCAAGUGAGAAAAAGGACGAGGGUUAUAUCGAUGAUCAUGUUUUUGUUGAAAUUGAGGAUUUAAUGCCAGACUUGUUGAAAUCUUUGGAGCAAGAUCAUGUUGCUAGUAAUUGCACGUCUACAGUAAUUGAUCCAAAUCCCUACAUAGGCAAUAAUUAUGAUUCUUUUUACUCUGGCUGA